AUGACACACUUUACAAUAAUUCUAAAAACAGUUCAGAGAAAUUAUGUGUUCGUGACAAAGAUUUUACUCACUUUAUUUUCCAUUUAAAUGUACUUUUCCACCGCCCAGAGAAUUGUAAGACGAACCAUGGAUUUUGGUUUUGGUGACGCUUUGAUCCCUAAUGUUUCUGGGUUGCGUCAAUUUUUUGAACAUGAUCCUUUUUUUGGUCCAAGUUCUGGCUUCCACCAAAUGGCCAGGAUGAUGGACCGCAUGAUGUCGGAGAGUUUGCAGCCGUUUGGUUUUGCGAAGCUCUCAACACGUCGGGGAGGUGACAAGAAAGAUGAUGUUAAUCCCAGAGACGGAGUGAGAACGGAAAAGAGUGUCAAUAGAAGGGAAAGAGCAAGGAAUUCUAAUGCCCAUGUUGAUAAUGGCACAAGUCAUCCGCCCACGCAAGUCGUUAAACCAACUCCAGUGAACACAUUUCAAGAGCAACCAUUAGACCAGGCCAAGCAGAACAAUCCUACAACGGAAAAAUGGGCGGGAACGUUAAGAAGGCGCGAUCCGGACAUCCAGCCAACUUUACCAUCAAUAGUUCCCAGGAAAGCAUCAUCGACUUCCGUGAGCAGCGGCAGGAAAACUCGAUCAGUUGACAGAGCACCAAGGUCAAGAAGACAACUCGUACCAAUCAAACCCAUCGUGAGAAAGACAGAUGUACCCGCAGAGGGAGACAUCACUAUGCUAGAAAGAGACGAAAGGAUUUUCAACACCUCGGGAUAUGAAAUACAUCUGGUCGAGACUCUCGAGAGGGAUAUUCUACAGAAGAAUCCAGAUGUUCGCUGGCGAGACGUUAUCGGUUUGGACGAUGCGAAAUCCGUGUUGCAAGAAGCCAUGGUACUGCCGCUAGUAAUGCCAGAUUACUUCAAGGGAAUUCGCCGUCCAUGGAAAGGCGUCUUGCUAACCGGACCUCCGGGUACGGGUAAGACUCUCCUCGCCAGAGCUGUGGCCACGGAAUGUCGGACUACCUUCUUUAAUGUGUCUUCCGCGACGCUCACAUCAAAAUAUCGCGGUGACUCGGAGAAACUGGUCAGACUUCUGUUUGAUAUGGCUUCCUUCUACGCUCCCAGUACAAUAUUCCUGGACGAAGUUGACUCGCUCUGUGCAGUCAGAGGGGCUGAUUCCGAGCACGAAGCUUCUAGAAGAUUCAAAGCUGAACUCCUUAUACAGAUGGAUGGAUUGGCUGCUGUAUUUAAUCAAGACAAAGUGAUCAUGGUGCUAGCGGCCACAAACCAUCCGUGGGACAUUGACGAAGCCUUUAGGCGACGAUUUGAAAAAAGGAUUUACGUGGGAUUACCGGAUGAAGCGACCAGAGUGAAAUUGCUAAGGACAUGUCUUCGUGAAGUGGCGCUGGGUGACGACGUUGAUCUAUCAGAAAUGGCGGCGAAGCUGGAUGGAUACAGUGGUUCUGAUAUUAAUAAUCUUUGCAGGGACGCAUCAAUGAUGACAAUGCGUCGAAAGAUAGCAGGAAAGAGUCCGGACCAGAUCCGUCGCCUAAAACGCUCUGAGCUUGAAGCACCAGUGUCAAAGGACGAUCUCAAUUCUGCGAUAGAAAAAACCCGGCGCACCGUGUCACAAGCGGAUGUAGCGCGUUACAACAGCUGGAUACAGAAGCACGGCUGCUCCUAGCAUAAAGCCACAGCGCUGAAAGCGCUGCUGAGGUGUAUCCGCAACUCGUAGAAGUAAUGCAACUUGCGAGACUAGUGUGCGGGCGGUUUGAAAGACUUUUGACAUUUAAAAAUAAUAUCGUGGUUAUAAUUAUUAAGUUGGUAACUUAAUAUCUUUUAAUGUAAACUGAAGGUAAAUGGUUCUAUAACGUAGGCUUUUUAUGAAUAAUAUUUGUAUAAAAGGAGAAGGAUAUUCAGUUCUAGUGAAAGUUGGAAAAGUCACAUCGUAUGUAUAUUGUAGAUUGUAGUGUAUGUUCUCCUCCGAAGCGACUGGACCGAUUUUGAUGAGUUUAUUUUGUAUUUUAGUAAGUUUUUGGAUAAUUUAAAUUCACAGUUAAACUGCUAUCCGAUUCCAGGAUGUUUAAUGCCGCAAAGGGAGACGAAAACAUCCGGCCCGUUAUUGUAUUAACAUGACCUAAAAGCAAAUGCUAGUGGAAUGUUUUUUUAUGAAUUACAUCUGUUACACAAGGACGUCAAAUAUUACGUUGACACGAUAGGAUGGUCGUCAAUAAUUAUAUGAAGAUCUUAGAUGAUAGAGGAACUCCCCAAGGGACAGCAGCAAAUCAUUUGAAAUCAGUGCUUUAAUUAUACUUUUAACCGUUACUUACUAGUACUAGAUGUAUGUAUGUAUACUCAUUGAAAGUGCCAGGGCGCAAGCAAAGCCCAGGAUACGUACCGCAGACGUCACGCGCAGACUGUGUACGUUGCACUCCUCUGCAGCCAUAAUUUACUCAUUACCCAUACGCUAGUACUAUACAAGUGGAAUUCGGUUUGGCUGCUUUUACACCCUAUUAGGUGCCACAGUGAACUCGCAGCACUUAAAAACGCCAUCUGAUGAAAGUAAUUUGAAGUGGUUAUUCCCAAUUUUAAUUUCUCCUUUACAACCACCAAGAGGAGACAAGAAAAAAAAAAGUCGAAUCCAGCCAAUUAGUUAGAUAUAUACCUAUUGUUAAAACUAUAAUAUUAAAAUAUUGUUGUUUAAACUUUUACACUUCUCCUUAUAUAAUAUUUCAUUUUAAUUCUUACUUGACCUUCUCGGGGUAAAAGACUUAGUAGAUUUUGAUAGUUGGUAAAAAUUUAAUAUUCGAUUUACGUGCUUAUUACCUAAAGUUCUAAGAAUUUUGUAAAACUAGCGAUUUCUAGAAAUAAAAGCAACUGUGUUUUGAAUAAAAUAGCUUUAUUGAGGGGUGGCGUAAAAUGUGUUUUUACAACGUUGUCUGUCGAUGAAAUGCGCUUUGUAAAUUGAUAUAAUACUAAGUGCUUUUUUUAAAGAUGUGAAAUUGAAUAAACGCGUUCCUGUUUUUA